GGUCGGGGUAAAUAGCUGGCGGGUUGGUCAGCCCGACGGUCCGUCUUGGCGUGGAGACGUGGGUUUGAUGUUUAAAUAUAUGUGCCACCUCCUCCUCCCCUUGUGACCACCGCGAAACGCGUGCUUUACCCCCUGGAGCUAGAGAGAGAGAGAGAGAGAGAGAGAGAGAGAGAGAGAGAGGGGCGACCGAAACAUUGGUUCAAUUCUUGCUCCAGCUGUAGUUAUUUCGUCUCGUCCGGGGUCUGUUCGUUUGAUGUUAAGAGAGGAGAGAGGGAGAGAAUUUAAAUUAGAAGAGGAAGAAGGGGAGGGAGAAGGGAGUCUCAAAAAGGGCGUGAUUUCAAGAAGAGGAUCAGAAGGGCAAAAGAGAUGGAAUGGCCGGCAUGUUUGGAUGAGUUCCUCAGUCGGAUGAAUACUCCCAGAGUCGUCAUCGACAAUGCCGUCUGCCCCACCGCGACGCUGGUCAAGGUGGACAGCGCUCGGAAGCACGGAGUGCUCCUGGAGGCGGUCCAGGUCCUCACCGACCUCGAUCUUUCCAUCAACAAGGGCUACAUAUCCUCCGACGGCCGCUGGUUCAUGGACGUCUUCCACGUCACCGACCCCCUCGGCCGCAAGCUCACCGACGACUCCGUCAUCUCCUACAUCGAGCAUUCCCUCACCCCCGGCGCCGCCCCCCGCUCCGGCGCUGCCGCCCUCGACGGCCUCACCGCUCUCGAGCUGACCGGCACCGACCGCCCUGGCCUCCUAUCCGAGGUCUUCGCCGUCCUCGCCGACCUCGGCUGCGGCGUCGUCGAGGCCAAGGUCUGGACCCACAACGGCCGGAUCGCCGCGCUCAUCUUCAUCCGGGACGAGGAUUCUGGGUCCCCGAUCGAGGACGCCCACCGGAUCCGCCGCGUCGAGGCCCGCCUCCGCCACGUCCUCAAGGGCCACCGCGACGACGUCCGCGGCGCCAAGACCACCACCGUGCCCUCGCCGUCGCUCACCCACUCCGAUCGCCGCCUCCACCAGCUGAUGUUCGCCGACCGCGAUUACGAGCGGAUCUCCUCCGCCGAGGCCGCCUCUUCGUCGUCAUCGCAGCCGUCCAUUUCAGUCCAGAACUGGCUCGAGCGCGGGUACUCGAUCGUCAACAUCCAGUGCCGCGAUCGCCCCAAGCUCCUCUUCGACAUCGUGUGUACCCUCACCGACAUGGAGUAUGUGGUGUUCCACGGCACCAUUGACACCGAUGGCGAUCGAGCCCACGAGGAAUUUUACAUCAGGCAUUCAGAUGGGAGCCCCAUCAGUUCGGAAGCAGAGCGGCAGCGUGUGAUCCAAUGCUUGCAAGCUGCCAUUGAGCGCAGAGCAUCCGAGGGGUUGAGAUUGGAGCUGUGCGCAAUGGACCGGCGAGGCCUGCUUGCCGACGUGACCCGGACCUUCCGGGAGAACGGCCUCUCGGUGACGAGAGCCGAGGUCUCGACCAAAGGCCAAAUGGCGAUUAAUGUGUUCUACGUCACCGACGCCGCCGGCCACCCGGCUGACCCCAAGAUUAUCCACGCCGUGAUCGAGAAGAUCGGCAGCAAGAGCCUCAAGGUAAAUGAGGAGCGUCCGCCGCCGUCGUGCCAGAAGAGGCCGGCCGGCGAUGAGCCUGCGGCCGGUGGUGGGGCCGGGCUGUUCUACCUGGGGAGCUUCGUGAAGAGGAAUCUCUACAACCUGGGCCUCAUCAGAUCCUGUUCCUAAGAACAGCAACAGAAUGUGUACCAAUUGGGUGUAGCCAGUAUUAUACCUUGCUUCCUUUUGGGUUUGCUCUUGUUUGAUUUGGUAUUUUUGUACAUAAGAAGGCAAGAAAAAAAGGUCAUAAAAGCUAGUAGGGGUAUGAGGAAAUGGUUGAUGGUUGGAAUUUAGGGGUCCACUCCAUACGUUGUUGUAAAAGAGAAGAAACUUCUAAAAGGCUAAAAGAGAGCAUAUACGCAGAAAAAGCUGGGCAGAGAGAUUUAUUAUUGGGCGUGUUGUUGCUGAAAUUGCUGGUGUCCAGCUUUGGGUCAGUGGGGUCCAAAUUGUCUCUCUUUGUUACAUUACACAUGUACACGUUUGUACAUAAACGAAUGAACAAUUUUCUUCCUCUCCCUA